AUGACCGUAUUCUCAAAGCUGUCGUCUAGAAAGGAUCUCCGAGCGCCUCUCCUAGUUGCUCUUGCUCUUGUCUUGUUCAGCCGGUCGCGCCUCACGUCCCUCAACAAAUUAUUCACUGGACCGCUGCGAGGGGAUAAAGCGACUCCUGAAACCCUGAAACACGCCCGGGAGCAACUUUACUUGGAUGAAAAGGAUGGCUCCAAGACCCUUUUAUUGCCAUUCAGACAACGAAUUGUCAAAGUCCCCAUCGUUCCAAUCUCACCCGAGGUUUUUGAGAGAAACGCAUCGUCCUUCAAACCCGUUCCAAAGUCACACAAGCCCAACGUCGACAAGCUCUUCCUCAAGCAGCUUAUCGCUAUCCUCCGGAUUGUCUUUCCCUCACUGACCUCACGCGAAGUCGGCAUUCUGCUUCUCCAUACCUUCUUCCUAGUCACCCGGACCAUUCUCAGUGUUUAUGUCGCCCACCUGGAUGGGAGACUUGUGCGUGAUAUCGUCAGCGCUGACGGAAAGGGGUUCCUCAGGGGACUUGGCUGGUGGUUUGCAUUGGCUGUUCCAUCAUCUUACACCAACUCCAUGUUGCGCCACUUGCAAUCAAAACUCUCACUUCGGCUACGAACAAGGCUGACUCGUUACACCCACGACUUGUACCUUUCAGCGGCACCAGAUCUAAAAUACUAUAGGGUGUCUGGCGAGGGUGGACUCGAAGGGAUGGAUCAGUAUAUUACCAGUGACAUUGCGGCAUUUUGUGAAUCACUUUCGACACUCUACGGCAAUGUAAUGAAGCCCUCUUUGGACAUGUUAAUUUUCACUACACAGCUCACCCGAAAGCUUGGUGCAAUGGGGUCUGUGCUCCUUUUCCUCAAUUACUUUACAACUGCGUCCAUACUCCGGGCCGUUACCCCAGCUUUUGGACGUUUGGCAGCCGUCGAAGCCAAGUUAGAAGGAGAAUACAGAGCGGGUGUAGGACGAGUGGGCAGAGAGGCCGAGGAGAUUGCUUUCUAUGGCGGCGGAGGACGGGAAAAGCACAUCCUCUGGGGCGCCUAUCUGCGCUUAGUAAAGCACGUAAACUCCAUUUACAAAAUUCGCGUGGCGUACGAGUGGACAGAAGACUAUGUCAUCAAAUACCUCUGGUCAGCAAUUGGCUAUGUGUUGAUUUCUAUCCCUGUCUGGAUGGCGACGAAGCGCUCUGUCGGGAUUCAAGCACCGGCGGUUCAGUCGCGAACCGAGGACGUGGUAGCGGACCGGACUGAGAACUACAUUUCAUCACGGCGCCUCCUCAUCUCAUUGGCUGAUGCCGGAGGUAGGCUGAUGUACGCAUACAAGGACAUUCUCGAGCUGGCUGGGCUCACGACGCGCAUCUACACCAUGCUCUCGACUCUGCAUCACCUGCAGCCUCUACCCGAGUUUGAACGACAUCCGGAACGUAUCGAGCUUCAAGGGGCGGUCAUUGGUGUCCCCAAAAAGGACCCAAGGCUCGGAGACACAGCAUUGGUGGGAAAUGCAGAGGAAGGAUUUGACUUUGCAGACAGUAGUGAAGCCACUGACGCCACAGCUUCCGAGAGGCCCCUCGUGCAGGACCUCAACAUUCGCGUGGAGCGUGGCGAGCACCUGAUGAUCAGCGGUCCGAAUGGGGUCGGCAAGACCGCUAUAGCGCGGGUUAUUGCAGGCUUGUGGAAAGUGGAGCAGGGAAGAGUCGUCAGACCCGACCGUGGCUUCUCUGGUGUCUUCGUCGUGCCUCAGAGAGCGUACAUGGUGACAGGCAGCCUCCUGGACCAGAUCAUUUACCCGCACUCAUACACUCAAUUCAAGAGGUCUGGCAAGACCGAGCAAGACCUCAUCGACAUUCUCAAGGUGGUCCACCUUGCCUACCUGCCAGCUCGAGAGGGCGGUUGGGAGACUGUCAAGGAGUGGAAAGACGUGCUGAGUGGCGGCGAAAAACAGCGAAUGGGCAUGGCCCGGCUUUUCUACCACCGACCGGCAUUUGCGGUGCUUGAUGAAUGCACGAGCGCAGUUUCCACCGACGUCGAAGGCCUCAUGUACCAGCACGCGAAGGAUCUCGGCAUCACCCUGAUCACUAUCUCCCACCGACCGACGCUCACCAAAUACCAUAGUCGUCUUCUAACGGUGUACGGUGACGCGGCAGGAAGCUGGUCGCUGACGUCUGUUGGUACCGCCGAGGAGCGUAUGGGCAUCGAUCGUGAGAUUCUGAUGCUAGAGGCAAAGCUCGCAGAAGUGAGCUCUUGGGAAAAGCGCGUCAAGGAGCUCGAGGUAUUACUUGGGACGGGCCAUGCAUCCAAAGUGCGGGCUUGA